AUGACUUCUUCCUCUACUAAGCGAGUGUCAGCAUUGAGGUCAGCAUUGCAUGUCAGUUCCGAUGGUCGUCGAUUCUCCCUGCACCCAGAGGAUGAGCAUUCGUCCAGCCCUCACCAAAAUCUGAGAUCUCACCCUUCCCACAAGGCCCAUGCAGGCUUAGACAACUCUAGGACGAGUACUGGCGUCAUCUGGGUGACAGAGCAAGCAGCGAAACAUGGGUACAACGACGAGCCUGAGAAAUGGGCCAACCUUGGCCAAGGCGCCCCAGAAGUUGGUGAUGAUAUUGAAGGUUGCUUUCCUCGUCCGACAUCGAUCCCCAUCACCUUGAAGGGUCAAGAAUAUGGACCCACCGCGGGGAUCAAGCCACUCAGGGAAGCAGUCGCAAACCUGUACAAUGACAACUACCGCAAGGGGAAAGAUUCCCAGUACACUUGGGAGAAUGUGUGCAUCGUACCCGGGGGAAGAGCAGGCCUGAUCAGGAUCGCUGCGAUUCUGGGCAACUCGUACUUGGGGUUCUUCAUCCCUGACUACACUGCCUACAACGAGAUGUUGAGCUUGUUCCGAAACUUCGUGGCCAUCCCUACGCCCUUGUCUGCUGCCGAUGGCUACCACAUCCAUGCUGAUAAGAUUGCGGAUGAGCUUGCGCGAGGGACUUCUGUCAUCUUGACCUCGAAUCCACGCAACCCUACCGGCCAUGCUUUGGCUGCGGACGAACUGUCCCUGAUACAGGACAUCUGUCGUGACCGAGCUACGUUGAUUUUUGAUGAGUUCUACGCAGGCUACACUUACAGUUCGGAUUGUGACGGUACCACCAUGUCGGCCGCCAGCAACGUUAUGGACGUUGACAAGGACGAUGUCAUCCUAGUCGACGGCCUGACCAAACGCUUCAGACUUCCUGGUUGGCGUGUGGCCUGGGUCAUCGGUCCCAAAGCUUUCAUCAAAGCCCUUGCGUCGUCCGGGAGCUAUCUUGACGGAGGAACCAACGUCCCGUUUCAGGAGGCUGCAGUCAAAAUGCUGGACCCGCCCAAAGUCAAAGCCGAGAUGCAGGCGCUCCAACGCCACUUCAAGAUGAAGCGAGAUUACGUUCUCAAGCGACUAAACGAGAUUGGCUUCAAUCAAGGCGACCAAGAGAUUCCGGACAGCACGUUCUACAUCUGGCUUGACUUGACCACCCUAGACCCACCUCUGCCUGAGGAUAGUACCAUCAACAUCUCCAAUGGCCUCUCUUUCUUCGACGCGCUUCUGGAAGAAAAGACCAUAGUCGUGCCGGGCAUCUUCUUCGACCUGAACCCGUCGAAGAGACGAAAUCUGUUCGACAGCCCUUGCCACCACUUUGUCCGUAUAAGCUACGGGCCGAAGAUGGAUGUUCUACAGGCGGGGCUUGAUGGCAUCGAACGAGUGGUGAAGCGCGCCCGUGGCGAGCUUGGACAGCAUGGCAGCGCUGUCCAGAAGUAA